UUUUGCGUAGCUACUCGUGUGAGGAGUAGGAGGUUCCAGCCCGACCUGCUAACUAUCUAUUCAGUUGUCGGCAUUUUGCUACAGCGGUGCUCAGUGUGACCGAGUGCGCGGCUUAGCUGUUUGACGGCCUCUAAUCGGGAACCCAAAAAUCAUCAGUAAAACGAAGCUCUAUUUUGAAAAGUUGACAUGCAUCAUCUCCGAGGCUUGCUGAAUGGUGGUUCUUACAUUAGACUGGCCCCCAAAAAAAAACAGAAAACAGUUAAAAGACUGGGAGGGACAGCUAAGAAGAAACUAGUGCUUUAUUUUGAUGAAUGCUGUAUUUUUGAUAAAACUGUGGUGUUAAUGGAAGACCUUUCCUUAGAAGAAACAGAAAAGUUCCAGCCCAAAAUGCCCAUCAGUGCUGAAGAGACUGCCCUCCUUGGCAUGGACGAUAUCGAGCUUAAGAACAUCCAACUCCAGUUUCCAAGCGCUCGUCGAUUCAGCGGCGAGGGGGGAUGUGCGGAAGUGCGUGUGCGCACCGACCGCGGCGACAUCGUCGUAGCCGUGCAAGGCGACCGCUCCAAGCCAGCUAUCAUCACCUACCACGAUCUUGGCCUUAACUACGUUUGCUUCCAACCGUUCUUUAACUUCGUGGACAUGAGGGCCCUUUUGGAAAACUUCUGCGUGUAUCACGUGAAUGCUCCGGGACAAGAGGACGGAGCCCCGAGCCUACCUGAAGAUUAUGUGUACCCGACCAUGGACGAGCUAGCCAACCAGCUGAACUACGUACUCGGCCACUUCGGCAUCAAAUCAUUCAUCGGCUUUGGCGUCGGCGCUGGCGCCAACAUCCUUGCUAGAUUCUCUCUUGCUCACCCACAAAAGGUGGAUGCCCUAGCCCUGAUCAACUGUACCUCGAGCCAGGCUGGCUGGAUCGAGUGGGCCUACCAGAAGAUGAACUCGCGCUCGCUGAAGAACCGCGGCAUGACGCAGGCUGUGCUCGAUUAUCUCAUGUGGCAUCAUUUCGGACGGUUCCCGGAGGAGCGCAACCACGACCUGACGCAGAUGUACCGAAUGUACUUCACUCGUAACGUGAACCCUACCAACUUGUCGCUGUUCAUCGACGCGUACGUUCGCCGCACCGACCUCGGCAUCGCUCGGGAAAACGACACCAUCAAGGUGCCCGUGCUGAACAUCACCGGAGCUCUCUCCCCGCACGUCGAUGACACCGUCACCUUCAAUGGACGUCUCAACCCGAAUAACUCCACUUGGAUGAAGAUAUCGGACUCAGGUAUGGUCCUUGAGGAGCAGCCAGCCAAGAUAUCGGAGGCUUUCCGCCUGUUCCUGCAAGGCGAGGGCUACGUGGCACCGCUGUCGCCGACCAAGAUCACAGCAUUCCGGCGACUGUCAGACGGGGGUCGUCGCCGCGCGUGCCGCCACUCGCCCGUCAUUCGUAUCACCGAGAACCCCAUCUCAGAGGCCGUUGUCUGCUAAACUGACAACCCUCACGCACUCCCUACUCCCUCACAGCUUACGUCAAAUAACUUUUAUCCCUCGAACUUCGCUUGCAGUCACUGCGCAAAUCAGAAUGUAAACAUGCAAGAUGCAUCAAAUGGCUGCAGAUGGGUAAAGUCAUUUGUAGUGAGCUCUAUAUCAGCAAGUAACGUUCGAAUGUACCCGCAUAAAUGAUUGUGUGCAGGCACAUUCGACUCUUACUAUCGGACCUGUUGCAGUCAGGUAUCACAGGUCGAGGGAGCACGAGCAUACAGGAACAUCUAGCUAAGUUCCUCACAAAAUGUGAGUCGCACUGUUGAAGUUAUAUCAUUUAUUAUUUAAGGAGAAUUUUAUUAGAACCCACUGAUAUUAUACAUUAAUAUAAUAUACCACUAUCGAGCGUUAUAUCAUUCAGUUAGGCUAACGUCACACUUAUCUGUAUAUCGUAUUUAUUUACACGACUGUGUAAGUGUUAGUUAGCGUGGUUAUUUUGUAAUUUAGUAAUAAAUUGAACACGAGGGGUGGUGUGAGGGCGACGCGCGGUCACGUCGCUGGGUGCUAUGCUAAGACCAAGAUAGUUUUUGAAGUCGAUCAUUUGACAGUCGUUUUGGAAGAAUUUUUAGCUUCGUUUUAAAUGCCUAAUACUGCAUAAAUUUUGUGAAAUGAUUAUUUUUAAUGUAUAAUUUUUUGUGUAUAAUUAUGUUGAUCUUGUUGAAUCAGUAUUAUUUAAUUAUUUUUAAUUAUUUAUUUUUAUAGUUUUAGUAACUUUACCUUAUAAAAAAAAUGAGAGUAGUCUAUCACGGCUUUUAGUAGUUCACCUAAACAAUGUUGUAGAACAAUAACUAGGUACCUAUUAGAUAUAUGUGGGUACGUGCAACUGCUUAACAAGAUUUUUGUUAAACGAAUAAGUAUUUAUACUUAGUAUUAAAUAUUUGUAAUUUUACAUAUAUAUUACUAGAAAAAGGAGAUGAUUGCGUUUAAAUCAGAGAGAAGAGAUUACGACUGUGGCGUGAAGUUAAAUCAUUGUGAAUCAGAAUAUGCGCCUAUCAUAUACACUUCUAUUUAAUAGUAAAUCAUAUUUUGUGGCUAUUAGAUGAAUACACACAGGUAGAUAUUUUACUAAUAUUUUGGCCGAAUGCCUCUACUUGAAGAUUGUGAAAGUUUAUUGUAUCCGUUUAGUAAUUAGUCUGACGUGGUUGCCAGCCGAUUGCAUUGAAUGACUGUUAAGAGGACGGCCACACAUAACUAGAUUAUUCAAAACAGUUAAUGAUGUUAAAAGAAUUCUCUUACUAGUUAGAAUCGCGAUGAGUAGCUGAGCCGUAGAUCUGUUUGCGCGGCGCGGGAGACGCACGCAGACCACUGCACGCGCAUGCGUCACACUCGAGGUCGCCUAUAAGCUUUGUAGUCGUACAAUUUAUUCAUAAUUAUUUAGUUUAUAGAUAACAAUAAUUACAACAUUAUUUCGUUCCUAGAAGAUGUUCUAUUUAGAUCAUUUUUGUUCACCAUGAUAUUUGUGUGAAUUUAUUAUGGGUCUAUUAAAAGUGAUUUUGUAAA